AACGUCUGUAAAAGYCCCCGGACCUUGCAUUGGGAGCCCCCUUGAACAGUUCGUCCUCCCUCUCUGCACCUUUUGCUCCCGACCUCAGCUGAAGGGGGAGGAGCAGGCGGAGGCUCUUCUCUUUUUGCGCCCAUGUUGAUGUUUGCGAGGGUGGCAUCGCUGUGUGUGGACGGCUGUCGGCUGGCCUGCCAGGUCCAGGACUGUGGGAAGCGGCAACUUUUCCCCCCCACCUUCUAAUGAGGUUGAACGGUGAACAUUUGUGACCAUGACUCGUCGAUGGUACCUCUGAGACGCCCGGCCGUAUGGCUGUAAGGUCCUGCUCAGCUCGAGCUGCGCGCAAAGACUCGUUUUGUUUGUGAUUGACGGCCAGUCGAGUCAGGAUGCUGGAGCUCGUCUGAGAGAACGUGUGUUUGUGUGUUUGUGUGUUUGUGUGUCUGUGUGUCGCUUUUGGAUUUCCCUUCCCCUUUUUCCCCUCUUUUUUCCUUUUUCAAAACGGAGUUCUCCCUCGGCGGCGAGAAGAAGAUCACAAACUCAUUUGUUCACCCUUAAACUUCCGAAAAUGAUCUUCGCUUUGCCUCGUAACAAGCCCGGAUAACGACGGGAGCAGCGCCGCGACAACACCCCCGAAACGACGACUUUGCCUCGAAACUCGCCAGGCAGCCUUUGGGUUUAUUCAGCUCUGGGAUUUUUUUUUCUCUCUCUCUCUGCGGUUAAUGCAUCUUGGGGAGUCCAUGAGAGAGUGCGAGUACAGCCAAAUAAGCACUCGCAGCUCCACGCCAAUGGAGACCCCAUACAAGAAAAGGACACCAAAGAGGAGGAAGUGGGAGGCCUUCCCUGGUCGAAACAAGUUUUACUGUGAUGGGAGGAUUAUGAUGGCCAAGCAGACCGGGGUUUUCUACCUCACCCUUGUCCUAAUUCUCGUAACCUGUGGACUUUUUUUCGUCUUUGAUUGUCCGUUCCUGGCACUGCAGCUGACGCCGAUCAUCCCAGUUGUAGGAGGUGCGCUGUUUCUGUUUGUACUCGGGACUCUAUUGAGAACCAGUUUCAGUGACCCUGGGGUGCUACCAAGGGCCACCCCUGAUGAGGCAGCUGACUUGGAGAGACAAAUUGACGUGGCCAAUGGCAGCACUGGUUACAGGCCUCCUCCCAGGACCAAGGAGGUCGUCAUCAACGGCCAGACCGUCAAGCUGAAGUACUGCUUCACGUGCAAAAUCUUUAGACCGCCACGUGCCUCCCACUGCAGCCUCUGUGACAACUGUGUGGAGCGUUUUGACCACCACUGUCCCUGGGUGGGGAACUGUGUGGGAAGGAGGAACUACCGUUUCUUCUACAUGUUCAUCCUCUCGCUCUCCUUCCUCACAAUCUUCAUCUUCGCCUUUGUUAUCACACACAUCAUUUUACUCUCACAUCAAAGUGGGUUCCUCAACGCACUUAAAUAUAGUCCUGCAAGUGUGCUGGAGGUGGUGGUGUGUUUCUUCUCUGUCUGGUCAAUAGUGGGCCUCUCAGGUUUCCAUACCUACCUGAUCGGCUCCAAUCAGACCACCAAUGAAGAUAUUAAAGGUUCGUGGUCUUCUAAAAGAGGGAAAGACAACUAUAACCCUUACAGCUAUGGGAAUAUGUUCACCAACUGCUGUGCAGCACUUUGUGGACCCCUGCCACCAAGUCUCAUUGACAGACGAGGUUUUGUGGAAUCAGAUGCUCCACAGCUGGCACAGCCGACCAACGGCAUGACCAUGUAUGGCGCCACCCAGUCCCAGCAAAGCCACAUG